AUGCGCCUAGCCCACCUGCACAUCCCGCAUUUGAUCCCAUAUACGCACUCGCUGCGCCUGCAAAAUGCACUUGUGGAACGACAGUUUGCCUACAAGGACUUGCUGCGCUCCUUGGCUGGCGGCAGAGAAAGAGAUCAGUCCACAGAGCCUGAAAAGAUCAGGGAUAAGAUCGUUCAUCAUGCUCCAGAGCCAUAUAAUGACGGCGGUACCGGGUUGAGGCCCAGCCCGAGUUCGAGCACACAAUCGCCCAAUUCAGACAAAGGUGCCGCCACAAAGUCGCCGGCAGACGUAGCUCAAAAUGAUAACCAAGCACCCAAUACCGGAUAUGGCAAUAGCUCACACGCCUCCGACUUUACCAGUGUGGACUUGUCACCUCCAGACCCAACGCUGCUAACGUUCUCCACUUUCCCAACCUACACCGUCGGCCGGCGUCAUUUACUCGCGAAUCCCAUUUCGUCUGAGCAACAGGCGUUUUUGACCGCCGACGGCCGCGCCACGUUCCAUGCCUCGCCUCGCGGUGGGCUCUUGACGUACCACGCCCCAGGACAGCUGACGGGGUAUAUCGUGGCAGAUCUGCGUCGACAUGGGAUCACGCCGCGAUGUUGGGUCAAGUUGCUCGAGGAGAGCGUCAUACGGACCUGUGCCGUGUGGGGCGUGGCCACGAUGCGAACAGACGAUCCGGGGGUUUGGAUGGAUAAUCGACAACAACAACCGUCGUCUCGAUCUCGACAGGACUCACUAACCGCCGCAGAGUCUGAUUCUUCCCCUCAAAGCGACCGCAAAAUCUGUGCCCUAGGCGUCCAGGUGUCGCGUGGUAUCACCUCUCAUGGAAUCGGCUUUAAUGUCUUCGAUGCUGCGAUUCCUUCGUCACCGUCACAUCGCAGCUAUGACUUUACUCCGGCGCAGGUCGCCUCAGCCUCGUACUUCGCAUCGACGAAGGGGUAUUUGUCCUGGGGAUUCAGUCGGAUCGUGGCAUGCGGCCUUGAAGGGAAGAGCGUGACGUGGCUGACGCGUGAACGAGGAAGAAAUGACACAAUGCAGCUGAAUUCGGAAGAUGGAUCUGGACACGAACUUGAACUCAACAGCAGUGAAAGUCAAAGUCAUGGUCAAACUCAAGACCGAACGUUGCAGGCCCUGCCAGAUGAGCACAUCGCUCUCGAAAGCGUAGCAGACGUGUUCGCGCAAGAAAUCUGUCGCGGCUUGAAUUCAAUGCGAGCAGCCGGCAAAGAGACCGUAGAUGGUGCGUAUCGAAUCCAAGAGGAGGACAUCUUGUCGUGGGAGAGAAAAUCUUGA